AUGGACUCAACCGAUAAUCAAAACCUUAUCGAUAUUAUUAAUAAGGCGUUAGCCGUUAACCCUGGUCGUACUAUCGUCGACGUCCAUAAUAUCAUGGACCAAACAGGUCUACAAAUGGCACAAAUUUGCCAUUACAUUGUUUACUUGGGUGCGAAUACCAAUGUUGGCUUCGAGCGCAGCCCAAAGCCGAUGCCGAGAUCGGGAUUAGAUAGCCAAACGUCUACUACCAGUAUUACGUCUGGAGAGGUUCCAGUAUUGACUGGUAAAGAAUUUGGUGUUGCUAAUCUUGAAGAGGAUCAUCAUGAUCAAGGACAGGAUGUGAUUGAUCUUGUUGAUUCUGAUAGGGAAGAGGAUGUGAUAGAUGCUGUUUUGGUGGAAGGAAGACGAGGAAUGACCAGACGAAUGGAAAAAAAUAACUAUGUCGGCUAUUGGAUAAUAUUAUCGAAUAGGGCUAACGAGUUCGACCAACUCACCCACCGUAUUUGUACAGGUGAAGCAUUUGAACAAUUGUUAGAGUCAACAACCUUGAAUGACUUUACUUUGGACUUGCGUGAGGUGAAAAGAACAAUUAGUACCAGGUCUCGAUUGGGGUAUUCUUUUAAAAACAUAACCUGUCUGUAUCACUACUUGCUGUUUACGGAAUACCAUGUAUUCAAGGUAUCCGAUGAAUGGGAGUCCAUGGAGAUCAUGGUGCUUAAUGAUGCUGAUCCAGUAGGUUUUACGGAUUGUAGAACGGGUGAAGUAAUGACCGCCAAAGCAUACUCCAGAUACCACCGACGUAUUGAAGAACAAUUGGAAAUGUUGAUGAAACCUCUGUUGGCGGUUCUCGUGCGUGGGUUAUCUCUCCCUGCGGAUAGCUGGAUUUAUCGAUAUAUCCAACAAAAACUUGUUGUUUUAAACGAAAUACUUCCGGAGAUAGAUAUUGCGGUAAAUACAAGACCUAAAAUAUAUCACAAUUGUAGGCGAGAAUUUGCGGGCAAGAUUUUGAGUGUGCCAAGAGAAAACGCAGUUGGUGUAGAUAGAGGUGAUGUGGCAACUCAAAAAAAGCAUGCCGUUAUUACGAAGCAUCGUCAGGCAGUAGAAUGGGGAAUGAGAGCCAUACAAGGGUCAUUUGGAAGGCUGCAUGCAAAACUUCCUUCUGAUAAGGAACAGCGUAGAGAUAUUUUGACCCUUGUAUGGAGGUUACACAACUUCCGUGUAAGAACCGUUGGUGUAAACCAAAUCCGAACGGUUUACUACGCUAAUUGGAAGCAAAGGGAGCAAGAAAUUAUGAAUUAUUUGAAUUAA